AUGAGGAGUAUAUUGGAAGAGGCGAUUUUGGAAACGCGCAGCACCCCUCUUGAAAAUCGACCGCGACUUCCCCGCAUACCCCUAAGCAAGCGAAAUCGGGCUGUCGUGAGGGCUCUUAACCCAAUGCUGGUGACCUAUUUGGAAGCAAGUAGGGACCUUUGCGAGACAGACUCGAUUCUCUUUGGCGCCGCAGUGGCAGUUUUCCGUAUUAUUGGCGCCAAACUUCCCAUGACUGGAGGCGCUACUCCACAAAGUAGCGCCAUCCCAGCCUGGAGAAAAAGAAUCGAGGACCGUAUCGCAAAGGCAAGGGCCCUUAUCGGCAGACUGACAAGCUUCAGGUCGGGCAAUAAUAGACCGAGGAUUGUGCGCACCGUUAGGAUGGCGUUUGCUGGGACAAAUAUCAGUUUGUCCCAGCCGGAUAUCACGCAGAAACUAACGGAGCGCAUAGACGACCUGAAGCAAAAGAUCGCUGCUUGGGGGAAGCGGAUGCGACGAUUUUCCGAGGGGUUAAGGCGGUUCAACCAGAAUCGUCUCUUCCAGAGUGAUCAGAAGAAGCUCUAUAAAUCAUUGGAGCGACCAAAGGUAUGUGGAGCGGGCCCAGGACAGGAUCAGGCUGACAUUAUCGCAUUCUGGCGUAGCCUGUGGUAA